ACUGUUUAUUUUUAAUGCCAUUCAUAGUCAUUUAGUUCGAAAAUACUUUAAAGUAAAAAAAGAGCCUAAAAUGGUUUCUAAAAUUAUUUUUGCGUGUGUUGCGUUCGCCAUUUUCGACGCUAGCACAGCCCAGGUCAUCAAGAACCUCCUCCCAGGCUGCGGCUGCGGCUGCGGUAUGGACGUCAUCCAAAACCAGGUCCUGCUAAACCAGCCAGGUCUUGUAGCUGGUGGUCUGGUUCAACCUGGUCUCCUGGCUCAACCUGGUCUGUUGGCUCCUGGUAUGGUGGCCGGUAAUGUGCUCCCUGCUCUAGCUGGGGGAGUUAUGGGACCUUGUGUUAAUGGACUGUCUGCUGCUAACAUCAUCCAGGAUAACACCGUAGCCAACAACCUGGCCAACACCCUCCAGCUUCUCCUGGUCUCCAACCUGCUGUCCAACACGCUGCCUAACACACCUGAUGUCCUGACCGUACCUGCUGUCAGUCCUUACGCCGCGGGUCUAUCUUACAUCUGCUAGGUUUGGUUGUACUUAUGUGGGUUGUUUUUUUAAAUAAAGGAGAUUUUUUUAUACUGA